AUGUUAUGUGGAACAAAUCAUGAAUCAGGUUCAGGAAGGCAGAGCAAGACUAGACAACUUUUCGAAAAUCCUGUAAACUGUGGUUCUUAUCCAUUCAAAGUUGUUGACACGCCCGGUGUUGAUAGUCAGGUUGAUACAUUCAAGCAUGCUGUUCUAUUAAAAGAAGCAUUGACAGGCACACCAAUCAAUACGAUCUUCUUUGUCAUCAAAUACGACAGUCGUUUUGAUAAUAUACUAUUGGAUUAUCUUAAACUGUUGACGCCUGUAGAGAAAUAUUCGCAUAAGAUUGUUGUCAUGAUUUCUCAUAUAGAUUUAUCGAAAAGUUCAAAUAGCGAUAAAAAGGAAAUUAACGACGUAUUCAAGGAAGAAUAUCCUGAUAAAUCUUUCAAUUUUAUAUUUUAUUCAGAAAAAGAUGAUCGAUCCGAAAUAGCUGAUAUAAUGCAUUCAUACUUAUUCAAAAUGCCAGCAGAAACGCUGCAAAUAAGCGACGAAGAAUUUAAUCUCAAUUUCAAUAUUUACGAAAUGAAAGCCAAAAUCAAAGCAGCAUAUGAUAAAUUUCUACGAGAAACAAAGCAGAUCGAAGAUGAUUACACAAAUUUAAUUAAAGAUCUUAAUAAAUCCGAUAUUAACACACAAGAGAAAGAUGAAAUCCUUCACAUGAGCAUUGUAAGCUUCAAGAAUGAACUGGAAGCAUUAACGGAACAGUUUAUUGGUACACAUGGCGCUAAUAUGCAAGAACUGGAAAGUUAUGGAUUUGCUGUAAUGAUGCAAAAAGAAAAAAUCAAACUUUGUACUGAAUUCACUACAAAUGUAUCUGCUAUGAUGUCAUACAGUCUACUGGACACCACUGACCCUCGAAAUAUGAUCAAAAGAUGUCCUCAUUGUCAGGAAGUUUGGUUCAAAGUAACUGGUUGCGAUGGGUCGACUUCAUGUGGAAAGCGACCGAUGAACAGAGCUUAUGAUAUCUCGGGAAAGACAUUCUGGAGAUUUACAUUCGUACGCGUGGAGAGACGUAUACAAUGGCAGAAAAUUGAAGAGACUAAUGCUCGCAAUAAUUCACAAUUACAAACAAACAAUCCGCAAAGAAGUGAAGUCAUACGCAUUGUUUCCGAGCUUCAGCGUACACUUAGACAAAUGGAGCAAUUACUCGGGGACAUAAGAGCUCACAGUGUGUCACAGUCUCAAACAAGUAGAGAAGAAACAAGGGGUUAUCCUGAACGUGCUGUUUUGGAAUUUCGUCAUGUAUAUGAACAAAUCGGAACAUUAUACGAAUACAUAAAAACUUUGGGCGUGUUUCAGAGGCGAAGAAUUAACCGAGAAAGACGUUAUGCCGAAGAUUUCGCUUCCAGAUUUCAUCAUAUGUAUAUGGAACUCGAACAAUUACUUGCAUCCAUAAAAAAUUCCGGCAUAUUACAAUUACGAGCAGAUAUGGAAGAACGAAGAAGAGAGCACAUCCAACACAUUGCUUUCAGACUUCAUCAUACACUUCGGAGACUCGACGAAUUACUGGAAUACACACUAACUGACAACAUGUCACAGUCUGCAUCAGACACCAAAGGAGUAGGUUGUGGCAAGAGUUUUGUUUGGAAAGAUCAGCCUGCAGUCGAAGAAGAGAAGAUUAAAGAAUUAUUUCAAGUGAAAACAAUUGAAGAAAUAAAAGAAAUUAUUCGAAGAAAUGAUUAUCGACAAAUGCGAGCUGAAUAUGAAAGAAAUAUCGACAGUCGUCGUUUCACGUGA